GCGCUUCAAAUGUUAUUUACUUCCUCAGCCAAAAGUGCUCCGCAUCACUUCUUUCCAAGCUACCCAGACUGAUAAAAAAAAGGAGGGAGAAACCAGUUCCGUUGAAGGCGAUUUACGACCGAUCUAGUUGGCAAGAACACCCGCAUCCGCAUCACCAGACGCUGAUUCAAUUCAAGUGAGCUUGACCACGGUCACAACUAAAAACCGUGAAUGGAGAGAGAAAGGGAAGACACAAGGACUGCUGUACACGAUUCCAAACGCUGAGAAAAGGAUUCCAAACGCCGGAAACGACCGAUCUAGAUUCCAAACCGUCAAUACAGAGGGAAAGGGAAGAUCCAAGGCAGCUUACUUCUCAAUAUUUGUUUUGAACUUGAUCCUGCUCCAUCAGGGGUCAAUAUCGAGGUGUCAUGAAUUAUACGCCGAGAAAUGUGUUUGAUUUAGGUGCGUUUGUUGGGGACCUAACUGUUGAGGAGGACGCCAGCAGUGAUGAAAUCUCAUUGGAAGGACUUGAGCAAGAGUUGCAAGAAUGCAAAAAUGAUGAUGUCGUUGCAAACAUACUGUCUAAAGGCAUAACAUUAAGAGACCAUACAAAGGGGGUUGAGAACAAUUUACGACAAGUUGAAUUAGACUCAAUUCAGGAUUACAUAAAAGAAAGUGAUAAUCUAGUGUCUCUUCAUGAUCAAAUUCGUGACUGUGACAGCAUUUUAUCACAGAUGGAAACACUUCUUAGUGGAUUUCAGGCUGAGAUUGGUUCUAUAAGUUCAGAUAUCAAGAUUCUCCAGGAAAAGUCUAUGGAUAUGGGUUUGAAACUGAAGAAUCGCAAGGUCGCUGAAUCAAAACUGGCAAAAUUUGUUGAAGACAUUAUUGUCCCUCCUCGAAUGGUAGACAUAAUUGUCGAUGGAGAGGUCAAUGAAGAGUAUUUGAGAACUCUUGAGAUUCUUAGUAAGAAGCUGAAGUUCGUUGAAGUGGAUCCUUUGGUUAAUGGCUCAAAAGCUCUGAAAGAUGUGCAGCCUGAGCUUGAAAAGCUUAGGCAGAAAGCUGUUUCUAAGGUCUUUGAGUUCAUUGUUCAGAAGCUUCAUGCACUGAGAAAACCCAAAACAAAUAUUCAGAUUCUUCAACAGAGUGUUCUUUUAAAAUACAAGUAUGUCAUUUCCUUCCUCAUGGAACAUGGCAAGGAGAUAUAUACCGAGGUUCGUGGAGCAUACAUUGACACAAUGAACAAGGUUUUAAGUGCUCAUUUCCGUGCUUAUAUUCAAGCCUUGGAGAAACUACAGUUAGAUAUAGCAACAUAUAGUGAUUUGAUUGGCGUGGAGACCAGAAGCAGUGGCCUUUUUUCAAGACCAAGAGAACCACUAAAGAAUCGUUCAGCAGUUUUUGCUUUGGGGGAGAGGAUUAAUAUUUUAAAGGAAAUUGAUCAACCAGCAUUGAUUCCUCAUAUAGCUGAAGCCAGCUCCCAAAAGUAUCCUUAUGAGGUCCUCUUCAGGAGCUUGCACAAGUUGCUAAUGGAUACUGCAACUUCUGAGUAUCUUUUCUGUGAUGAUUUCUUUGGGGAAGAAUCUAUAUUUUAUGAAAUUUUCACAGGUCCGCUUGCUGUUGUUGAUGAACACUUCAAUUCAAUACUUCCUAAUUGUUAUGAUGCCAUAGGCCUCAUGCUUAUGAUUCGCAUCAUACAUCAUCAUCAGCUCAUUAUGUCUCGGCGGCGGAUUCCAUGCUUGGACUCAUAUUUGGAUAAGGUCAAUAUCUCUUUAUGGCCUCGUUUUAAGAUGGUAUUUGACUUGCACCUUAGCAGCCUGCGGAAUGCAAAUGUGAAGACAUUGUGGGAAGAUGAUGUUCAUCCUCAUUAUGUCAUGAGGCGUUAUGCAGAAUUUACUGCAUCUCUUAUUCACCUUAAUGUUGAAUAUGGAGAUGGGCAGCUUGAAUUGAACUUGAAAUGGCUGAGAAUGGCUGUUGAUGAUUUGCUCAUCAAGCUUGCUAAAACAUUCCCAAAGCCAAAACUACAAAUUGUGUUUCUCAUAAACAACUAUGAUAUGACAAUUUCUGUGCUGAAGGAAGCUGGUCCAGAAGGUGGGAAAAUUCAAAUGCACUUUGAGGAACUGCUGAAAAGCAAUACAGCCUUAUUUGUGGAAGAGCUGCUACUAGAGCAUUUUAGUGACCUCAUCAAGUUCGUCAAGACCCGAGCCUCGGAGGAUCCAAAUUCAAGUUCUGAGAAGCCCAUAACUGUUGCUGAAGUUGAGACAAUUGUAAAAGAUUUUGCAAGUAGAUGGAAAGCUGCAAUAGAGCUGAUGCAUAAAGAUGUUAUCACUUCUUUCAGUAACUUCUUAUGUGGUAUGGAGAUCCUGAGGGCUGCACUGACCCAGCUCCUGCUAUAUUAUACUAGGCUGUCAGAUUGCAUAAAGAGGAUUGUUGGUGGGUCUGUACUGAACAAGGACCUUGUGUCCAUUUCAUCAAUCAUGUAUGAGAUCAGGAAAUACUCAAGAACUUUCUAGAUUACUAUUUUUAUAUCGCAAGUAUCUUUGUUAUGAAUUAGAUGAAAGUCACCCAUGUUCAGUCCAGUCUGUUAUAUGUAGACUUUGGAGGGUAUCAGGCAACAAAAACAGCACAAAGAUCGAAGUUUCCACACACUGAAGCAAGUAGGUUGGAGUAUAAUGAAAUAGAGAGUGUUCCAGAAACGUGUAGUUUCUGAUUUCCCUUUGUUUUUAGCUGCAAAUGCAUCUUUCAUAUUCUUUGAUGUGAUUUGACAGCUUAAUUUCACCAUUCUUUAUCUGAA